UGUUUAAGUGAAGUGAACCGUACAUCGCUCGGAUCAAUAAAGCAAAGGGAAUGUUUAAUUCAACAUGUUAGUGCCAACGUCGAAUGGUCUUUCUUGCAUAAACAAAGGUGAAAUGGUUUCAAAAGCUUUACGUUUGCUUGUUCUGUUGAUGUGUUUUCAAAGAAGCCUUGCCGAAGUGACUUAUGAGGACAAUUUGUUAAAAAUACCACCUUACAAAGUUACCCGAGCCGGACAUUAUCCCAUGAUAUAUGAUCGAAUCACAGGCAUCCCGUGGCCUUGCGAUCCUUUUGAUGAGAAACCAAAAGACCCGGAUGCGGAAAAGGACCCCUCAUACAUUAAGCUUUCAAAAUGUCCCAAGGAUGACAGUAAAGUAAAGAGAAAAAGAUCCGUGGAUAAUUUAGCGUUCAUUCGAUCCUAUAAACUGUGGAAACAGUUUAUAAAUGGAGCAAAUUGACACAGAAAGCCAAUUCACAUGUACCUCAUUAUCCUUAAUAGAAUGAACCAAUAAACCUAUAUUAUACAUCAACAUCCGUCACUUUAUCACUUCGUAAAGUGCCUAAGUUUAUGAGAUCAUAAUAAUUUAAUAAUACAGUACUGUUUUAAUAUUUUCUUGAGCAAACUGAAGAAAGUUUAAAUAUUUUAA